UACAACACUUUGUCAGAUGACGUGUGUCAUGUCAGUAGAUGUUUUUUGCUUUUGGAUUAUCUAGCCGAUAGAAAUUGAAGAAAAUGGAAGUUCUCAAGAUAUCAUCAAUAUUAACAUUGUUCCUCUUAUUAGAUGUAACAUCAGCUCUUUACUUCCACAUAGCAGAAGGCGAGAGAAAAUGUUUUAUCGAAGAAAUCCCAGACGAUACUACUGUCAUAGUCAAUUACAAAGUGGAGCUAUAUGAUCCAAGAUCAGGAGGCUUCAUGCCGUCAACGCCCGGUAUCGGCAUGCACGUCGAAGUCAGAGACCCCAAUGACCACAUAGUGUUGUCCCGUGUUUACUCAUCAGAAGGCAUGAUCUCUUUCACGUCCAACAUCCCUGGGGAACAUGUGAUUUGCAUGUACUCAAAUAGCACCUCAUGGUUCAGUGGGUCACAGCUAAGGGUUCACCUAGAUAUUCAAGUGGGUGAGCAUGCAGUGGACUAUGCCAAUGUAGCUGAGAAAGACAAACUGAACGAACUGCAAUUGAGAAUCCGACAAUUGUUGGACCAAGUCCAUCAGAUCACUAAGGAACAGAGCUAUCAGAGGCAUCGGGAAGAGAGAUUCAGACAGACAUCAGAGAGUACAAACCAGCGAGUCGUUUGGUGGAGUUUACUCCAAACUUUAGUACUUCUCGUAAUUGGCGUGUGGCAGAUGAAACAUCUCAAGAGUUUCUUUGAAGCCAAGAAAUUAGUGUAACAAAUUUAUAGUGUACAUAAAUUAAGGUUUGAGUGUACAUCACCUUUCAUGUAAAUUUCCCCUUCCUUGUACUUAUAUUUUUUUACCCCAGUCUUUAUUUCUUUUAGUCAUUCAUAUUUAAUUUAAUCAGUUGUGUCUUUCUUCAUUGUGGUAUGUGAAACGAUCUGUAUUUUUUCAAUAAAAAUAAAUUAUACUGAGAAA